GAGAGAGAAAUAGCAGAGAAGGGGCAAAGGGAGAGGGAGAGAAUUCCAAGGAGGCUCAGAGCCCACUGCAGGGCUGGAUCUCACAAAGUCUGAGAUCAUGAUCUGAAUGGAAUACUGUAUCCAUCAAGACUCAGAUGCUUAACGGACUGUGCCAUCCAGGCGCAAGUGCCAAUUUUUUAUGGGAUUUGAGAACCAAUGGGUAAAAUUCACGGAUAAGAACUACACAAUUUAAGACUGUGUGAGCUUUCAAAAAGUCAAAUAAAAUGAAAUAUUUAUUCCAAUUGCAGUUCUCAAUUCAUUCCCACCUUGUAAAAGUUGAACAUUUCCUAUUUCUCGUUACUAAAAAAGAACCCUCACUUAAACUUACAUUUAAAGUUUCUCAGUCGGGGCGCCUAGGUGGCUCAGCCGGUUAAACGGCUGACUUUGGCUCAGGUCAUGAUAUCACCGUUUGUGAAUUCAGAUCCCUCCCCUUCUCUCUGCCCCUCCCCUGCUGGUUCUCCAUCUCUCUCAAAAAUAAAAUUUAAAAAUGUUAUUAAUAAAAAAAUAAAAAUAAAAAGUUUCUCUGCCAACUUCAAUGUGCAAGAAGGUCUGUAGUUCUCCAAAAAUUCUUUGAGGCAGGAAGCGAGCAAAUCCGUCAAACUUUGUUUCAAAGCUCCGGAAAGUGUUUUCUGCUUCCCUCCGCUUUAGCGUGCUUUCCCGCCCAGCCACGUCGCUUGCACUGCCGGGUGAGAAAGUUAGCAUCUUUCGCACCACCGUGGGCGGGGCGUAGCUCCCAGGGAACUCCCAGCGUUCACCCAGGGUGCGUGCUCCCCGCCCUGUUUCCUGCGUUCCCGCCAGAUUUUUAAGUUUCAUUUCUCGCUCUGACUGCUGGCUUCUCCUCCCUCGGCCUUUUCGCGGAGCCGAGUCUCCCGGCUUUCGGGGAGCAGAGAUCGCCAGCCAUGGAUCACCGGGGCGGAAAGGCCACGAGGGCAGCUUCAAAGGCCGCGACCGCUACCUCCAAGAUUUCGGCUCAGGGAGUGAAGAGUCUCCGGGAGGAGCCCAUCGAAUCUUCGUCCGCCCCUGGGGCUACCCGACCCAACUCACGGAAGUGCGGCGCAGUCGGGGCAUCGGGAUCCCUGCAGAGGAGGAGCACCCCCGGCUCCCCGGAGAGACCCCAGGUACGCGCGCGGGGUGCCCGCGCCAAAAAGGCACUUCUGGACGCUGAGGACGCGGUGGAGGGGCAGGCGGUUCCGGCGGCGAAGCUGGAGCCUCCGGCGGCGGGGCCGCCCCUUUCCAAGGCUAGUUCUCGCCGCAGGGGCAGCGCGCGCGCCGCUGGGGAGCAGAGACCCCCGCCAGAGCCCACGGAGUUUCCCAGCCCUGGCCCGCUAGUUUCAGCUUCGGGGGCGGAGCCCGGCGGCUGGAAUCCCCGGGCGGUGCUAGACAAAUUGAGGCUGAGGCGCCAGGAAAUCUCGUUGGCGGCUGAGACUGUGAACAAGGUUGUGGACCACCUGCUGCGGGGCUUGAAGAGCUGUGAUUCCGAAUUCAAAGACGUCGGGCUGCUGCGCACCGGAAGCUACUACGAGCAUGUGAAGAUUUCUGCUCCUAAUGAAUUUGAUAUUAUGUUCAAACUGGAGGUCUCCAGAAUUCAGCUAGAAGAGUAUCGCAACAGUGGUGCAUAUUACUUUGUGAAGUUCAAAAGAAAUCCUAAAGGAAAUCCUCUGAGUCCGUUUUUAGAAGGGGAGAUAUUAUCAGCUUCUAAGAUGCUGUUGAAGUUUAGGAAAAUCAUUAAGAAAGAAAUUGAAAACAUUGAAGAAGAAACGUGGCGACUAUCUUUCUCUCACAUUGAAAAGGACAUUUUGAAAAGUCACGGACAAUCUAAAACAUGCUGUGAAAUUAAUGGGAUGAAGUGUUGCAGGAAAGAUUGUCUAAAACUAAUGAAAUAUCUUUUAGAACAAUUGAAAAUAAAGUUUGAAAACCGAAAGGAACUGGAUAAGUUCUCCUCUUACCAUGUGAAAACUGCCUUCUUUCAUGUGUGUACCCAGGAGUCACAAGACAGUCACUGGCACACUAGAGACCUGGCGCUCUGUUUUGAUAACUGUGUGGCAUACUUUCUUCAGUGCCUCAAGAUAGAACAUCUUGAGCAUUAUUUUAUUCCUGGAUUCAAUCUAUUCUCUCGGGACCAAAUUGACAAAAUAAGUAAAGAAUUUCUAUCACAGGAAAUUGAAUAUGAGAGAAACAAUGGAUUUCCAGUUUUUCAUAAACUUUGAAAUUAUAUUUUUAAAAAGAAUCAAGAAUUAGAAUGACUUUAUAAUAUUGCAGUGUUUGAAAUUUGUCACAUUAAUGAUUAACUAAAAUGAAUGUAAAUCAUUUAACUCUUUUGUCUUAAUGAACUAUAAUCAGUAUAAACAGAUUGAGUAUCCUAGGAAAGAGAUUAAUCAAGGAAUAAAUAAGCAAAAGGAGUAUUUACAAUAUAAAAGCUUUACCAGACUGGAAUGAAAAGGACAAAAUACUUAUCACCUGAAUUAAAUUCAUCAAGCACUUGGUAAACACCACUUCUCACCUAGCACAAAUGUGUAGAAAUUUGCAAGAGACGUUAGAAAUGAUCAUUGCCUCCAUAAAAAUGGCAGACUUUGUUCAAUGCUCAAACAUAUUUGGAAGCAAUGUCUUGUCACAUAUGCCAGAAUCAGUAAGAAGGAAAUGAAAAGUCUACAUCAUCUCUACAUGUCUCAGGAAAUCCAUGUCAUAGCAAAAUAUAGAAUAAUGCACAUGGAUAAAUAUAAAACAUACAACUUACUUUUAUUAUAUUUAGUAACACUUUUAUAUAUAUUUCUGAAAAGGCAAUACAUGCAUAUGGUACAACACUCAAAGAAACAGGUACUUCCAUAUCUGCUAUUUCCAAAUGUUACCCUUUCUCCUCUGUGCUCAGGCAGCAUUCAACUUAGAAGCAGCUGCUGUUUGUUAAUUUUUUUCCCAUUCAUACAUUUUGCACAUUUUCUUAUUGGCUAUUUUACUGUUUUCUCAUUUUUUGUAGAAGUUCUUUAUAUAUUUUGGAUACUUACGCUUUGUUGGUUGUCUGUGUAACAAAUAACUUCUCUCAUUGUGUGGAGUGUCUUUACCAUUUUUGGUGUUUUAGUAAACAAGGUUUUAAAAUUUUAAUGUA